AUGUCCGACAUCUCGACCUACUCUCUCGGCGACUUCGCGCUGCAAUCGGGCGAAACCAUCCCGGGGGCCUUCAUCGCGUACAAAACGUUUGGGUCGCCGUCCAAUCCUGCGAUUGUGUAUCCGACGUGGUUCAGCGGGCUAAUCAGCGACAACGAAUGGCUCGUGGGGAGCGACAAGGCGCUCGACCCUCGGCGGUACUUCAUCAUCAUCCCGGCGCUCUUUGGAAACGGCCAGUCCAUCUCGCCGUCCAACUCGGCCGUGUCGCCGUUCCCCAAAGUGACAUUCUACGACAACGUGCGCGCGCAGCACGCCCUGGUGACCCAGCACCUCGGCAUCACGCACCUCCGGCUCGUGACGGGCUGGUCCAUGGGCGCGGCGCAGUCGUUCCAGUGGGCCACGCAGUACCCGGCGUUCAUGGACAUCGUGGUGCCCUUUUGCGGCUCCGCCCGGACCAGCAUCCACAACCAGACGAUGCUCGAGGGCGUCAAGGUCGCCCUCCUCGCGGCCAAAGGGAUCUCGUCGGCGGGGCCGGCCCUUGACCGCGUCGUCGUCGUCGACGACGAGGAGACGGCCUCCGAGUGGACCGCCGCCGAACGCACCGUCGGGCUCAAAGCCUUCGGACGCGCCUACGCCGGCUGGGGCUUCAGCCAGACCUUCUACCGGCAGCGGCUCCACGAAACGGCCUACGGGGCCAAGUCGCUCGAGGACUUCCUCCAGACCUUCUGGGAACCGUGGGCCUUGAGCAAGGACCCCGAGAACCUCCUGACCAUGCUGUGGACCUGGGCCAACGGCGACGUGAGUCUCCAGGAGCCCUACAACGGAGACUUUGAAAAGGCAAUGGCCGCCAUCAAGGCCAAAACCCUCGUGCUGCCGAGCAAGACGGAUUUGUACUUUCCACCCGAGGAUUCAGAGUACGAAGUAUCGUCCAUGUCCCCCGGCGUCGGAACCCUCGACGUCUACCCCUCGGUCUGGGGACACUGGGCCGGUGGCCCCCCCGGGAACAUGGAAGACGUCAAAUGGCUAGAUGAGCGACUUGCGAAACUUCUCGCUGAAGCACCAGCCUUGAGCUGA